UCAAGGAUUACAGCAUUGGACCUUCACUUACUCUCGACAUCAGACCGCCCGAGAAUUAAAGACACAGACAUGUUUGUCAGUAUUCUGUUUGCGGCGUUAAUGAUGCUGGUUUCGGCAGAGGAAGACAUACCUUACAUUACGAGUCGUUUCAGCUACGAAUAUAGUGUGAUAAGCAAACUUGUUGAGCUGGAAAACGACAAAAAGGAACUUGGUACAAGGAUAAAUGUCUUGACGAGCGAGCUGAAUGACAGCAGACACGACUUCUCUCUUUUGAACGCAAGUCUACAAGCCAUUAUACAAAGAGGACGUAUGUCAUCUGGGAGCACCUAUGUUCGAUGGGGAAAGAGCGACUAUCCGUCAAAUACCGGUUCGCGCGCCAUAUACAAAGGGUAUGUGGCUGGCGGCUAUUUCUCGCACGUUGGUGGAGGCAGUGAAUAUGUUUGCCUUCCCGAUGACCCGAUACACGGCGACGAUAUAACUGGUGGUGGUAGAAGCUUGAUUUACGGAACUGAAUAUCAGACAAGCGGCACGAGCAAAUGGGCGGACGAAAACAAUCACGACGUACCUUGCGUGACCUGCUACACGCCGAGUUCAAGUGUUUUGAUGAUUCCUGGCAGAAACCGUUGCUAUGAAGGAUGGAACCUUGAGUAUUCAGGAUACCUGAUGUCGAGCUAUUAUAACCAUGCAUCACCAAAAAACUAUUUAUGUGUGAAUGAAUACCCAGAACACCUUCACAGUGGCUUUGGUGACGAGGACGGGGCGUUAUUGUACUUUGUUGCAGCACGAUGCGGGUCACUUCCAUGUGAUCCGUAUAUUGACAAUGGCGAGCUCACAUGCGCUGUCUGCACGCUGCCACCAUAUUGAGAUGUCCGAAACACUCGCAACUCGCCUGAGCAACUGACACAUAACAAACAGAUCCUAGUUAAAAAGCUACCUACAAGAGACCGUUAAAAUAUUCCAAAUUCCUGUUUUU